GAGGAACCUGCAAGCAAACUUGCCACCCAAGCCUCAGCAGAAUGGCUGAAAUCCACGACCAGUUCGACACCAUCCUCAUUCUCGACUUUGGCUCCCAAUAUAGUCACCUUAUCACGAGGAGAUGUCGUGAAUUGAACGUCUAUGCUGAGCUUCAGCCGUGUACUCAGAAGAUCAAGGAUGUUAGCUUUAAGCCAAAGGGUAUCAUCCUUUCCGGCUCGCCAUACUCUGUGUACGACCAGGAUGCACCUCGCGUCGACCCUGAAGUGUUCAGCCUCGAUGUCCCUGUCCUUGGUAUAUGCUAUGGGCUUCAGGAAAUGGCUUGGAACUUGGGAGGCGAAGUCACCAAAUGUGAUCACCGCGAAUACGGAUUCGCACAACUCCUAAUCUCGAAAAUUGGCUCUGGGAACAGCUCUGUAGAUGCUUUGUUUGAGGGUCUCGGUGAAGAGAUGCAGGUCUGGAUGUCGCAUGGCGACCAGCUCUCUGCUAUUCCCGAAGACUUCCAUAUCAUUGGCCAAACGGAUACCGCCCCCUUCGCCGCCAUCGCACACAACUCAAAACCAUUCUACGGCAUUCAAUUCCAUCCCGAAGUCACACACUCGCCUCGCGGUCGAGAAGUCAUCGGUCGUUUCGUACUCAACAUCUGUGGCUGCAAGCCAAGUUGGACCAUGGAGGAGUUCAUUGGUAAAGAGAUUGCCCGUAUUCGUGCUAUCUGUGGUCCCAAGGGUCGAGUCAUCGGUGCAGUUAGUGGUGGAGUGGACAGCACCGUCGCUGCCAAGCUAAUGCACGAAGCCAUCGGAGACCGUUUCCACGCCAUCAUGGUCGACAAUGGUGUCCUACGUCUAAACGAGGCCAAUCAAGUCCACGAAAUGCUCAACAAAGACCUCGGUGUGAACCUCACCGUAGUGGACUCCUCCGAUCUAUUCCUUUCUCGUCUCAAAGACAUUGAAGACCCAGAACAGAAACGAAAAAUCAUUGGGAACACGUUCAUUAACGUGUUUGAAACCGAGGCUGCGAAGAUCGAAGGUACUGCUGAGGAAGAGGAGAAAUUGACCGGAGCGGAGGCCAAGGGAAGAGUGGAAUGGCUGUUGCAGGGAACUUUAUACCCUGACGUGAUUGAAAGUAUCAGUUUCAAGGGCCCGAGUGCGACGAUCAAGACUCAUCAUAACGUUGGAGGUCUCUUGAAGGAUAUGAAGCUCAAGUUGAUCGAGCCCCUCCGGGAACUCUUCAAAGACGAAGUCCGAGCGCUAGGCCGUCUCCUCAACAUCCCAUCGCACCUAGUCCAACGCCAUCCCUUCCCCGGGCCCGGACUCGCCAUCCGAAUCCUGGGCCCCGUCACCCGUUCACAAGUCAAGAUCCUCCAAAUAGCGGAUAACAUCUACAUUGAAGAAAUCCGAAAAGCGGGAUUGUAUAAUGAGAUCAGUCAAGCGUUCGCAGUAUUGUUACCUGUGAAAGCUGUGGGCGUGAUGGGGGAUAAGAGAACCUAUGAACAGGUUAUUGCAUUGAGGGCGGUCCAGUCUGAGGAUUUCAUGACUGCUGAUUGGUAUGUCUUCCCUCCAGAAGUCCUACGCCGCAUCUCUUCUCGAAUCACAAACGAGGUUGAGGGUAUCAACCGAGUCACAUAUGAUAUCUCUUCCAAGCCUCCUGCUACCGUGGAAUGGCUCUAAAGAGAAUAAAUGGCUGCUUGACGUAUAGGUGCAAUGGUGUUUGGGUACAUAUAAACAGACGUAGGAUUGAAUACACGGAACAUAUCACAUUCCAACGAUAUGACUUACAAGCUUCUUCUGCUAAUCAUUACAGGGGCACUCCAGACAAUCCGCGGGAAUAUCCGCAGACAAAGUCGCGUUUCCCGAGAUUUUCCAUGAGAUGUUCAGCCAAUGCGUUCGCUGAACAUUCUCAGCUCUUACGCCCUCUUUUCCGCCAGCCUUUACACGGUCUGCCAACCUCCAUGUACAGAGGUCUCUCUCUCUUGGCCAUCGCUAGAGCUUCUCCGCCGUGACAUCACGACGCUGUGGAUAUUGGGUCUCACAUGUCGCGUCCGGUGCAUGAAAUUCUGGGAAUCUGUUGCUUGUGAAGAUCUUCCUUUGUUCCUCGCCAGAGGGUCCGAAUCGACCUCUGGUGACGCUCCCACCGGUAGGUACGAUUCAGGGAAUAAUCGCUCAUGGUCUGCUUCAGCUUGAUCUUGUAUCCACCUCAAUGGCAACUUCACGAUCGAGAGUUUCGAUUUGCUUUUGGUGGGUACUAAUAGACCAUGUUUUCUCUUUGAUCGUAGACCGAAUGUCAGAUCGACCUGCGAAUUGAGGGGAACAAAGAAUUGCGUAGAGUCUC